AUGGCAAAGUGCUCUAAAAUGAGUCAAAACUCGGAAAUGGCACAAACGACCACUCCACAUACGCGAAACGCUCCACGUCAGACGACAUCGUCAACCAUGAGCCAACCAGCGUCCGCUCCUCCGUCCUACGAGGAGUCAACGAGUUUCACGUCUCGACCGCUCCGUGUCAAUACGACACCACGCGAAUUCAUAUCAAGUGCUCGACAAAAAGAAGCCAUGUCAACCACAUCGACAUCAUCGUCGUCAACACGUGGGCCGCUAUCUUUUCUCGAACAGAUCCGAGACCGUUGUGAACCGUUCACUCGUGCUAUCAUGGGGACUCCCCAGCUCGACGACCACUCGACAGCUGACAGCUCGACCUCAGCAGAUCUCAAGGAGAUCAAGAACCUCCUAAAGUCACUCAUCAUUGAUAUUGAGACACUCAAAGAGAUGAGGUCCGCUCGCCAAUCGAGCCACCUUCAUAACCAAUGGAAUCAGAGGAGAGAAGCAACCCUAUUGUUGGCCAGAGAUUCGUCCGCUACACGGCUCACUCUCCCGACGGUCUUCACAUCCAUCCAUUAA